GAACGAACACAGCAGAUCAUUGGAGCGACUCUGCGUUCAAGAGAUGAAGGCAUCUAGGCAGGAAGAUGUGGCCAUGAUUCUCAGCAAGAUUAAGAAUGUCUCAGACUUCAACAAGACCCUUCGCUGGAUGAUCCUUGACGAGUCUGAUGGACUGUUCUCACAAUGGAAGGAUGCGGUGAGCCUGUCAGCCUCCUUGGCAAAGAUGGCCACGCGAUGCGCCAGUCUGGACACGCUGGAACGGACAUUUGAGCGCACUCAGGGAUAG